AUGACGCCAGACCACCAACCUCUGACUCUCUCCCCCACCGAUGUAGGAGCGGUGCUGAGCAGGAUCAAUGUCCACAAGGCUGCAGGUCCUGAUGGCAUCCCCGGGCAUGUUCUCAGAGUGUGUUCUGGGGAGCUUGCAGGAGUGCUCACAGACAUAUUCAAUCUGUCCUUGGCCCACGCCUUCAAAUCCACCUCCAUCGUCCCGAUACCCAAAAACUCCAACCCAUUUAGCCUCAAUGACUACCGCCCAGUAGCACUCACCCCUAUCGUCACUAAGUGCUUAGAGCAGCCGGUCUUAGCACACUUCAAAUCCUGUCUCCCCCCCACCCUGGACCCCCACCAAUUUGCAUACCGCCAGAACAGGAGCACAGAGGAUGCAGUCUCCAUCGCACUGCACUCUGUCCUCUCACACCUGGACAACAACAACACCUACGCCAGAAUGCUGUUUAUAGACUUCAGUUCAGCAUUCAAUACAAUCCUCCCCUCACAACUCAUCAGGAAACUGACAGACCUGGGCAUCAGUUCCCUCAUCUGCAAAUGGUUACUGGACUUCCUGACCAACCGCCCCCAACAUGUCCGACUGGAUAACCGCUGCUCAUCAACAAUCACAAUGAACACCGGUGUACCACAAGGCUGUGUGAUGAGCCCUUUCCUCUACUCCCUCUUCACCCACGACUGCAGACCUGCUGAUGGUUCCAACACCAUCAUUAAGUUUGCAGAUGACACCACGGUGAUUGGCCUCAUCAGCGACAACGAUGAGACCGCCUACAGGGAGGAGGUGGAUCGUCUGGCUGAGUGGUGCGACACAAACAACCUGCUGCUUAACACUGAGAAGACUAAGGAGCUCAUCGUGGACUACAGGAGGAAUGCUGACCCACAUCCACCCAUCCACAUUAAGGGGACGGCUGUGGAGCGUGUGAGCAGCUUCAAGUUCCUGGGAGUCCACAUCUCCGAGGAUCUCACCUGGACAACCAACUGCUCCAAGCUGGUCAAGAAGGCUCACCAGCGCCUCUUCUUCUUGAGAACUCUGAGGAAGAACCACCUAGUGGACCAGCAGAGCCCAGAGGUUCUCAGUGAUCACUCUGUCCAGCAUCAUCAAACACAGCUGGACUCCAUAUUUAUGCUGCUGGAGGACAACAUCAUCACUUUUGUGAGGAACGAGCUGAAGAAGAUCCAGAAGGUUUUGAGUCCAGAUUACCCAGAAUGCUUAGAGAGUCAGCGGGAGGAUGAUGAACAGAGGAACACCAGAGAGGCAUUUAUAAAGAUCACACUAAACUUCCUGAGGAGAAUGAAGCAGGAGGAGGUGGCUGACCGCCUGAAGAGCAAAUGUGUUGUUUCAGUUUGUCAACGCGAACUUAAAUCUGCACUGAAGAAGAAGUUCCAGUGUGUGUUUGAGGGGAUCUCUAAAGCAGGAAACCCAACCCUUCUGAAUCAGAUCAAUGCAGAGCUCUACAUCACAGAGGGAGGGACUGCAGAGGUCAAUGAUGAACAUGAGGUCAGACAGAUGGAAAUGGCAUCCAGGAAACCAGGCAGACCAGAAACAACAAUCAGACAAGAAGACAUCUUUAAAGUCUCACCUGGAAGAGAUGAACCAAUCCGAACAGUGCUGACAAAGGGAGUGGCUGGCAUUGGGAAAACAGUCUUAACACAGAAAUACACACUGGACUGGGCUGAAGACAAAGCCAACCAGGACAUCCAGCUCAUAUUUCCAUUCACUUUCAGAGAGCUGAAUGUGCUGAAAGAGGAAAAGUUCAGCUUGGUGGAACUUGUUCAUCACUUCUUUACUGAAACCAGAGAAGCAGGAAUCUGCAGCUUUGAAGACUUCCAGGUUGUGUUCAUCUUUGAUGGUCUGGAUGAGUGUCGACUUCCUCUGGACUUCCACAAAACUACAAUCCUAACCGACCCUAGAAAGUCCACCUCAGUGGAUGUGCUGCUGAUAAACCUCAUCAGGGGGAAACUGCUUCCCUCUGCUCGUCUCUGGAUAACCACACGACCUGCAGCAGCCAAUCAGAUUCCUCCUGUCUGUGUUGGCAUGGUGACAGAGGUCAGAGGAUUCACUGACCGGCAGAUGAAGAAGUACUUUAAGAAGAGAUUCAGAGGAGAAAAGCUAGCCAGCACCAUCACCUCCCACAUGAAGACAUCACAAAGCCUCCACAUCAUGUGUCACUUCCCAGUCUUCUGCUGGAUCACUGCUACAGUUCUGGAGGAUGUGCUGGAAACCAGAGAGGAAGGACAGCUGCCCAAGACCCUGACUGAGAUGUACAUCCACUUUCUGGUGGUUCAGGCCAAAGUGAAGAAGAUAAAGUGUGAUGGAGGAGCUGAGACAGAUCCACACUGGAGUCCAGAGAGCAGGAAGAUGAUUGAGUCUCUGGGAAAACUGGCUUUUGAUCAGCUGCAGAAAGGAAACCUGAUCUUCUAUGAAUCAGACCUGACAGAGUGUGGCAUUGAUAUCAGAGCAGCCUCAGUGUACUCAGGAGUGUUCACACAGAUCUUUAAAGAGGAGAGAGGACUGUACCAGGACAAGGUGUUCUGCUUCAUCCAUCUGAGUGUUCAGGAGUUUCUGGCUGCUCUUCAUGUGCAUCUGACCUUCAUUAACUCUGGAAUUAAUCUGCUGGAAGAACAACAGAAGAACGCUAUAUGGUCUAAAUUGUUUGCAAAAAAGGAAUCAAGAGAAGUGGAAUCUGCAGUGACAUUUUUCUACCAGAAAGCUGUGGACAAGGCCUUACAGAGUCCAAAUGGACACCUGGACUUGCUCCUCCGCUUCCUCCUGGGUCUUUCACUGCAAACCAAUCAGACUCUUCUACAAGGCCUGCUGACACAGAAAGGAAAUAGCUCAAAUUCUCAUCAGAAAACAGUUCAGUACAUCAAGGAGAAACUCAAUGAGUCUCUGUCUGUAGAGAAAAGCAUCAUUCUGUUCCACUGUCUGAAUGAACUGAAUGAUCAUUCCCUAGUGCAGGAGAUCAGACAGUACUUGAGUUCAGGAAGUCUCUCCACAGAUAAACUGUCUCCUGCUCAGUGGUCAGCUCUGAUCUUCAUCUUACUGUCAUCAGAAAAAGAUCUGGAUGUGUUUGACCUGAAGAAAUACUCAGUUUCAGAGGAGGCUCUUCUGAGGCUGCUGCCAGUGGUCAAAGCCUCCAACAAAGCUGUAAUGAGUAUCUGCAACCUUUCAGAGAGAAGCUGUGAAGCUCUGUCCUCAGUUCUAGGCUCCCAGUUUUCUAGUGUCAGAGAGCUGGACCUAAGUAACAGUGAUCUCCAGGAUUCAGGAGUGAAGCUUCUAUCUGCUGGAAUGGAAAGUCCACACUGUACACUGGAAACUCUCAGUCUGUCAGGCUGUCUGAUUACAGAGAAAGGCUGUACUUUUCUGGCCUCUGCACUGAGCUCCAACCCCUCCCAUCUGAGAGAGCUGGACCUGAGCUAUAAUUAUCCGGGAGGCUCAGGAUUGAAGCUGCUGUUGGCUGGACUGAAGGAUCCAAGUUGGAGACUGGACACUCUCAG